CAAUCUCCAUCUUUUCUCAUUGCUGCCUUUCAAAACACCCCCACUUGAUUCAUAGGAUACGAAUACGAUUAACUAAAAGUAAAGAGCAACAAAAUUCGCAGGUGUGGCUGUGUCAGUGAAUUGGAGUCCCAACGAUCAACUUUCAGUAUACUAAACCGUUUCGUUUCAAAAACUUCUAUGCGACUAAGAAAGGGAUCCACGAUAUAUAUCCAACAUGUCUUUUUUGUAUCAGGCAUGAAGGAACCACUCACUUUGAGUUUAGCCACUUUUUAGCCGUUUUGAGUGGACAUCCCCCGUUCAUCAUUCGAUAAUGCUGUCGGUGUCGAGCAUCGGCUUGAACCUCGUCGCUUGAACAAAACUGACCAGAAACAGAAGUACAAACAACUUCAUAUAUAUACAUUACACACGCACUUCAACAACUAACUUGAUGAGUGAACUCCUAAACUGUCAAUCCUCUGCUUUCUAGUUCUACUCCAAGCUGGUUCUCCAACAAUUUCACGAUGGGAUCCAUUUUGUCACACCUCUUGUUGUCACUGCUCGUUUUCUUCAGCACGGUCCAAUCUCAGUCGAUCAUCAAAAGUCUACCCGGGUUUGCUGGCGAUCUCCCCUUCAAGCUCGAAACUGGGUACAUUGGAGUUGGAGAGUUUGAUGACGUGCAGCUAUUUUACUACUUCAUCGAGUCGGAAAGGAGUCCGAAGGACGACCCUAUGAUGCUUUGGCUCACCGGAGGCCCUGGUUGCUCUAGCCUCUCCGGCCUCAUCUACGAAAUCGGUCCAUUAAAUUUCAACUACGAUAACUCAAGUGGGAACAGGCCAAGCUUCCUGCUGAAUCCAUACUCAUGGACCAAGGUCGCGAACAUAAUAUUCCUGGACCAACCUGUUGGCACUGGAUUCUCGUACUCGACUACUCAAGAAGGUUAUCACACUGGCGACUUGAGUUCAGCUGCCGAAACAUAUCAGUUCCUGCGAAAGUGGCUUAUGGUUCAUCCCGAGUUUCUGUCCAACCCACUUUACAUCACCGGCGACUCUUAUUCGGGCAUGACGAUCCCUAUCAUUGUCACCGAAGUUGUUAAUGGUAAUGAAGUUGGACAUCUUCCACCGUUGAAUAUCAAGGGAUAUGUGCUUGGCAAUCCCUUGACGGAUGUACUUUACGACUUGAAUUCGAGGGUCGUAUUUGCGCAUCGAAAAGCACUUAUAUCAGACGAACUCUAUAAGUCAGCUAAGAACAACUGUAAGGGCGAAUACAUGCAUGUCGAUCCCGAAAACGUGGACUGUGGAGUCGAUCUUCAAUCUGUUGUCGAGUGUGUUGAGAAGAUAUUCAAUGCCCAUGUAUUGGAACCAAAGUGUAGUACAUCGACUCCAAGACCGAAUUUCCUGAAAUGGGAUCGACGAAUUCUCGAGCAUGGCAACUCAGAGAUCAACCCCUUAUCAUUGCACGAAUUUCCCAGACCGUGGUGCCGAAAUUAUGAUUACCUCUAUUGCUACGUAUGGGCUAAUGACGAGACUGUUCAAAAGGCUCUCCAAAUACGAGAGGGGACUAAAACAGAGUGGAUAAGGUGCAAUGAGAGCUCAUCUUACGCUCAUGAUGUCCUGAAAUCCACUGAUUAUCACCGAAAUCUCACCGAGAAAAAACUGCGAGCCCUUAUUUAUAGUGGAGAUCACGACAUGGUUGUUCCAUAUAUCGGCACAAUGGCAUGGAUCGAAACUUUAAAUCUCUCUCUCUCCACUGAUUGGGAGGCCUGGUUCGUGGACGGUCAAGUCGCUGGGUACACCCUCCAGUAUGAGCAUGACAACUAUAAGUUGACAUAUGCAACUGUCAAGGGAGCCGGUCAUACAGCUCCAGAAUACAAGCCCAAAGAGACUCUAGCCAUGAUUUACAGGUGGUUUGCUAAUUACCCUCUCUAGUUCUCAGCCGCUUUUGCUGAAGCUCCCAAAGUGAGACUAAUAAGCUGCAAUUCAUGUAAGGAGUGUUCUGCUGGAUGUCACUCAGUCACAUCAGUACUUCAAAUGAACCAUGUGACUGUAACAUUGUGGGAGAAAUAAAGAACAUGUUCGGUUUCUCGCACCAUUUCACGUUCGACCCAUCCACUCAGGCUUCGGCUCACGUAGUACAACUUAUUUACGAGA